AUGGACGCUCAGUUUCUCUCUGCCUUGGAGGAGACCCUCCAGCAGACCUUUUCUCCUGCUACAGUCAAGCAGGCUACUUCCAAAUUGUCCAAGGAAUUCUACACUAAUCCCUUGGCAUUGCCCUCUCUUUUGCAUAUCUUGCAAAACUCCCAACAAGACCAAAUCAAACAGUUGGCAGCCGUCGAAGCAAGAAAGCUCAUCGGAACCAAAUGGGAGAGCGUCGAUGCAUCUUUGAAACCUCAAAUCAGAGAAGCAUUGUUGCAGAACACUUUUACACAACCUUCGAAGUUGAUUAGACACUCUUCCGCUAGAGUUGUGUCUGCCAUUGGUGAAUACGACUUGCAAGACAACACCUGGCCGGACUUGUUGCCUAACUUGGUCAAUGCCGUACAAAGCUCUGAUGCGCAAACAAAGGAGAUGGCUGUCUACACCUUGUAUACCUUAUUGGAAACUCAAGUGCCGGCUUUGGUUCCACACCAAGACGACUUUGUUAACCUCUUUACUGGGUUGUUGCAAGACACUACUUCGCAAGACAUUCGUGUCAACGCCGUGUUGUCCUUGGAUGUUCUUUCGCAGUUUAUUGAGGAAGAUGAAGAGAUCAACCCUGCCACUGCCGCCAACUUCAAGGCCUCUAUUCCAGGAAUGGUUAAUGUCUUGAAAGAAGUUAUUCAAGCCGAUGACUCUGAGAAAACAAAAUCUGUUUUCAACGUCUUCAACUCGUUGAUUUUCUUGGACAACAAAUUGGUGGGUGACCAGAUUGUCCACUUGGUUCUGUUUGUUAGCGAAAUAGCCGUCAACACCCAAUUGGACGAGGAGUACAGAUGUAUGGCCUUACAAUUCUUAAUCUCAUGUGUUUCUAUGAGAAAGUCUAAGAUUGUUUCCAACAACUUGGGUCCUCAGCUCACUGGUGUUGCCAACAGAAUUGCUUCUGAGGAAAUUGAUGUCGAUGAGGAAUUGAACAACGAGGAUGAAGAGAACGAAAAUGAAGAGAACCAACCAGCUACCUUGGCAUUGAGGUUGAUGGGUGUUUUGUCUGGAGAGUUGCCUCCUUCGCAAGUCAUCGUGCCAUUUUUCGACAACUUGGGUGGCAUGAUGUCGUCCUCUAACGCUUUUUCAAGAAGAGCAGGUCUUUUGUGUAUCGGAGUUGCUUGUUCUGGUGCUCCCGACUAUUUUGCUACGCAAAUCAACAAGAUCCUCCCAGUUUUGAUCAAUGGCUUGCAAGACCCAGAAAUUGUCGUUAAGGUUGCCGCUGUCAGAGCAGUGCUGCAGUUGACAUCAGAGUUGCAAGAUGCUAUCGCUGACUACCAUCAACAGCUCUUGCCUCUCGUCAUUGAGAUCAUUAACUCGGCUACUCAUGUCAUGACUUACAAGUACGCUUGUUACGCUUUGGAUGGUAUCAUCGAGUUUAUGAGCCACGACGCUAUCGCUCAAUACCUCGAGCCUUUGAUGAGUAAGUUGUUCUCCAUGUUGGAGCAAGCCAACUCAUCUUCUUUGAAGUCAGCCAUUGUUUCUGCUAUCGGCUCCACUGCUUUUGCUGGUGGUAAAGGAUUCACUCCAUACUUCAACCAAUCGAUCCAAGUCUUGGAGCCCUUCGUUGCUAAUGCAGCUCAGACUGAAGGUAUGUCCGAGGAGGACAUUGAGUUGAGAGCCGUGACUUUUGAGAACAUUUCUACCAUGGCCAGAGCUGUGGGCUCUGAAUCUUUCUCUGCUUACGCCAAACCAUUGGUUGAAGCUGCUUACGCUUCUAUCGGGUCUGAGCAUUCCAGAAUUAGAGAAUCCGGUUUUGCAUUCAUUUCCAACAUGGCUAAGGUGUACGGCUCUGAAUUCUCAGGUUUCUUGGAAGAGAUCGUGCCACAAAUCUUGAAGUGCUUGGAACAAGAAGAAUUCUCGUUUGAUCUUAAUGGUGAGGAAGAGGAUGACUUCAAUGAAGAGGACGAUGAAGACCUUUCAAACAAGUUCAAGAUCAACACAGGUAUCACCAUCGAAAAGGAAAUUGCAUCCGUUGCUUUGGCCGAAUUGGCCAUGGGAACUGGCGCUGCUUUUGCCAAGUAUGUUGAACCAUCUGUCAAGACUUUGUGCGAACAAAUCGAGGUCUCCUACGGUAUGAGAGAGGCUGCUAUGAACGCUCUCUGGAAGAUCGUCCGUGCUAUGUUCAAGGCUACCUACGGAGAGAAAUUUGCUGCUCCUAAAGGUGUUCCUCAACAGCCAUAUGUCGAUGCAUCUAUAUUACUGUUGAUUAAGGAAGCCAGAAACAUUACCAUCGGUAACUUGGAAGAAGAAUUCGAGUUGACCUUAGUUGCUUGUGACUUGGACAAUCUUUGCGAGGCACUUCAAGCUUUCGGAGCUAUUGCUGUUCUCGACGAUGCUUCAGACACUGCAUCCUUGGAGAAGUUGUGUGUGCAAUUGUUGAGUAUUUUGAAGAAGGAGCACGCUUCUCAGCUCGAUGAUGAGGACCCAGUGGAUGAAGAAGAAGACGCAUCCGAAACCGAGGCCUUGUUAUUUGAAUCCGCUUUGGAGGUUUUGAUUUUGUUGGCACUUACAUUGGGUGCGGACUUUGCUAAGGUGUUUGCUCCUUUCAAGGAUGUCAUUUUCGCCAACAUCACCUCCAAGUCUAAGAACAAGAGAGUCAGUGCCAUUGGUGGCUUGGCUGAAAUCUCUGCCGGCUUAAAGGAAUCCAACCCUUACUUCGAAGACUUGUUGCUGGUGUUCAGCGACAGAUUGGCACACGACAAGUCUUUGGAAGUCAAAGGCAAUGCUGCUUACGGUAUUGGUGUCCUUGUUGAGAACAGUCAGGCUGACUUGUCUGGUCACUACCAGCAAAUUUUGCAGAUGUUGUUCCACUUGUUGAGCAAAUCCGAUGAACAAGCGAAAGUCGACGAUGAGGAAUCCAGAGACGUGGUUAACAGAUCUAACGCGAAUGCCUGUGGAUGUGUUGCCAGAAUGGCAUUGAAGAACCCAGCUGCUAUCCCAGUGGAGCACGUCUUGCCAGCAUUGUUGAGCCAUUUGCCAUUGCAAGCUGCUCCAGAGGAGAAUGGACCUAUCUUGAAGUGGAUCAUACAAUUAUACGAAGCCAACAAUGAGGUGAUCAUGGGCCAGACCGAACGUGUUGUCCAAGUUCUUGCCGAAAUUUUCCAGAAAGAGGCUGACAGAAUCAAGUUGGUCCAAGAAUCUACUUUGGGUAGAGAGGAGAACAUUGACAAGAUGAAGCAAUUCCAGACCGAGGAAUUGAAGCAAAAGGUCAUCGAGUUAUUGCGGUUCUUAAACCAAAAGUAUGCUAACAUUGUCUCCUCCCACGAGAUUUUGAAGGCUGCCAUUGCAUGA